UAGGAGACGCGGUGUGUCCAUGUUGCCGAGGUACAAGGAAGAAGAUAUGUCGAUGCUUAGACUGCCACAAAGAGAAAGUGGACUUUAUUUAUAAUCAUUUAUGUAGCAAAAAGUUUACUUAGAGUGUCUGGAAGUGAUUCGUUGUAAUGGUGAAGUUGAGGGCGAGAUGUCUGCUUGUCGGAGAUGCUGCAGUGGGGAAAACUGCACUUUGCCAUAUGUUUCACAGUGAUGGUACUCUCUUCCAGAAGACCUACAGCAUGACAACCGGAGUGGAGCUGCUAAUUAAAUGUGUGAACAUCCCAGAGACCAGCGACAGUGUGGAGCUCUACAUCGUUGACUCUGCAGGGAAGCAGACAUUAGUGGAAGCCUGCGAAAAAAUGUGGGGCGAGCUGUCCUUGAUGUGCAUGGUGUUUGACCUGACCAGUGAGCAGUCGUUUACCAACUGCAGCCAAUGGAUGGAGAGAGUCCGUUCUCACUGCAAGGGUCUCCACAUUCCAGGUGUCCUGGUGGGCAACAAGUCAGACCUGUCAGGUAGAAGGGAAGUCCAAGCGUCUGUGGCCCAAGAAUGGGCCCAAAGCCAGGGGAUGGAGUACCACGAGACAUCAGCUGUUAGUGUAUUUCAAAGGAGAUGGACAACUGUGAAGCACCGCUCCUCAGCUUAGCCCGGGCCUUCCACUCUCUCUACCAGGAACGUCGCGAGACCAUCCAGAACCUGAGUGCAGGGUAGCUGCCCUGAUGUUCCACUCACAGGAUAACAGACGCCGGAAUCGGAGAAUUCAAUAAGCUCUAUGGAUUGUACAUGUGAGGGAUUGUUCUUUUGUACCACAGAACGGCUUGUUCAGACUGAUUAUUUUCACAUGAGCAUGAAUAAAAAUUGUUUUUCUGGGAUAAUCAGC